UGUGCGAUAUUUUAUCCUCCUUUACCAAACAAGGAAAAAAAAAAAAAAAAAACGUGUGCUGGACACUGCAAGUUUUCGUUCUUCCCUCCAUAAUUUUUUUUUUGUUCAUUUAAAAAAAGAAACGUCAUUGUACGUUUUCUUUUCGUCUUUAAUUGAAGCAAAUGGCCGGCUCGAUUUCUUUCGCUCCCAGCAGUGCCCCGCAAGUGUCCGGCUUAUUGAAAGACAGAGCAUUCAUUAAAGGACAGCAACAGAAGAGCUGCACAAGUCCGUCGAGCGGCGGCAGUAGGUUGUUAUCGAAGAAGAUGCCGACGAGCACGGGUGUCCACAAGAUGUGCGACCAACCGGCCAAUUCGACGGGCCGCAAAUCGUCCGUUUUCACCAUCGACAAUCUGUUAGCGCCCAGCGUUAAAAGUCCAGCUUCACCACCGGUGACAGUGAAUAAUCGGACACCCAUCAGCACUCCACCGACUGGCACCUCACCGGCCGCCUUCGCCAAUUCGGACAUGAUCCAGCAACAGUUCCAACAGUACCACCAGCAGAACUUGUUCUCCGUCGUUGGCCAUCCGUCGCACCAACACAUCAUGCCACUCAACUUGGCCGACCCGACAGCCUACGGCUACGCCUAUUUAGGGAUGUUAUCGGGACAUCCUGCAUCAGGGUUGUAUCCGCAUCCGCAACACUGCGGCGGCCUGGGUGCCGGCGUCAUGCAGCAUCAGCCGUCAUCAUCGCCUUUAUCUGUGAUAGCUAGUAACGGCGGCAGCGUCGGGUCAACCUUAUUCUCCGUGCCUCAUCAUCACGCCCAUCACCACCUGCUGCCGCAUCACCAUCAGGGAUGCUGGCCGUUCCCCACUCAAUCGUCCACCUCGUCCAACAUGGUCGGCUCCAGUUUGGCGUCGAUGACGACGUCGAGCGGCAAACGCAAGCGACGCCAUCGCACCAUCUUCACGGAGGAGCAGCUGGAGAAAUUAGAGGCCACGUUCCUUCAGACGCACUACCCCGACGUUUUGCUUCGCGAACAGCUAGCGCUCACCGUCGACCUCAAAGAAGAACGAGUUGAGGUUUGGUUCAAGAAUCGUCGAGCCAAGUGGAGGAAACAAAGACGCGAAGAACAGGAACAGAUGCGCACCAGGCAACAGAACCACCAUCUUCCUGGUCAUCAUCGUUCGUCAAUCAAAGACGCCAUGGACAACACGGACGACCUCUCCCUGGACAUGGACUUGGAGGCUGAUCUCAGCUCAUGAAAUUUCCUUCUAUAUUUUUAUUUCAUUCUUUUUUUUAUGGGAGGCCUAUAUACAUAUACAAAACAUUUUGAAUGUACCGUGUUAC